AUGUCAAGCUCCACCGAAGUCCCCCGUAUUUUCGUCAUUGGCGCAGGUUCUCGAGGUUCCGCAUACGCAUGGGCAAUCAAAACAGGUACUCCCGGCACCAUAGUCGGUGUCGCCGAACCGGUGGAAUUCAAACGGGAUUUGUUCGCGUCGAAACACGCUCUUGACGUUAGUGCGGGGUUAGUGUUCGAAGACUGGAAACAUAUGAUCGCAACAGAGGAGGCUAGAGAAAAGUUGAAGAGGGAAGUGGACGGGAUUUGCGUCUGCACACUUGAUGAGACUCAUUGUGAAAUCGUACUAGCUCUUCGCCCUCUCAACAUUCACAUUCUCUGCGAGAAGCCACUCAGCACAACUCUAGAUUCUUGCGUGCAGAUGUGCCAAGCUCUCAACUCAAAAAAGCACGAACCCAUCAUAUUCGCAAUCGGACAUGUGCUACGAUAUUCCCCCCACAACAUGCUCCUCCGCAAGCUCCUUUGUGACGAUAAAGUAGUUGGUGACAUCGUCAAUAUAAACCACACCGAACCUGUCGGGUGGUGGCAUUUUGCCCAUAGCUACGUCCGCGGUAACUGGCGCAAAACGUCCACGUCCGCCCCAUCUCUCCUGACGAAAUGUUGCCAUGACAUAGACCUCCUCUUAUGGCUUCUUUGCUCACCGUCUACCUCUGCUCGCCCACAUCUUCCAAGCUCUAUAACAUCCUCUGGCUCACUCGUACACUUCAAACCCAGCCAGAAGCCCCUCACAGCAGGCGCUGCAACCAAUUGUUACUCAUGCCCUGCAGCCGAAACUGAAUGCAUCUUUUCGGCAAAGAAGAUCUACGACGAGUUUAACCUUGCGCAAGGCAAUAAAGGCUGGCCAGUUAAGAUCGUAGUCCCAGAGAUUGAAGAAGCACCUUCAAUCGCGGACGCACAGACGAUGCUAAAAACAGCGCUGGAAGCGGACUACAGCACUGAUAAAGAACAGGGAGAUAAAAGCUACUACGGGAGGUGUGUGUAUGAGGCAGGUAACGACGUCGUGGAUAACCAGGUUGUCACCAUGACCUGGGAUGACGACGGACCAGCGGGCCGAGGUGCAAAGACAGCUACAUUGACUAUGACAGCAUUUUCGAAGCGGAUUUGUGAGAGGUUUACGAGAGUAUACGGCACUUUGGGUGAGGUGGAGGCGAAUAGUAAUACUAUCACAGUCCAUGACUUUAGAACGGGACAGAGCAAGGUCUAUAGACCGUGGGUAGAUAUGGUUAGUGGACAUGGCGGUGGAGAUGGCGGACUGGUCGGUGCUUUUGUGCGAGCGAUUAUAAAGGUUGGUGAAGGGUGGACAGUGGAGGAGGCUCAGAACAAGGUUGUAGGUGUGACGGUUGAUGAUGUGCUCAGGAGCCAUGCAGCGGUGUUUGCUGCGGAGGAGGCUCGGCUCGGGAGGAAGGUUGUGGACUGGGAUGAAUGGUGGAACAGGGAGGUAGGACAGGGGGCGUAA